CCGCGUUCCCGGUGUCCCUGCGGCGCGUCCCCGACACCCUACAUAUAUACGCAGGUGCGCCGCACCUGUCCGCCCGCACCUGGCGGCUCACUGCCCAGCAGCUUCUUCCGUGCCCUGCCACAGCCUCUUGCCGACAGGCCAGGACACCUCUGAGGACUGUGCCCAAACAGGGUAGCUGGGAGCGCCGGAGAAUCGCUUGGCCUUCAGGGACUGCUUUGUCUGGAACCAGUCCUUCGGGCGCAGCCUGUCCUUCUGCUGUGAAACCGUCGCUCCACCGAAGGGGUCGAUUUUGUGUUUACUUCGAGUGACAAGAUUUGCAGUAGUCACUCAGUCAAAAACUUUUUUGUCCCUUUGAAGAACAUAAAACUUCAUCUCAACUUUUGUCUUUUGUGGGGCUGCCCCCCCAUAUUUUGUUUUACUCUAGGGUCGCCUGCUCGGCGUCCCGUCUUUUCUGAGGGCGGAAAUGGCCAAUUCGGGCCUGCAGCUGCUGGGCUUUUCUCUGGCGGUGCUGGGCUGGGUGGGCCUGGUGGCCAGCACUGCCAUCCCGCAGUGGCAGAUGAGCUCGUACGCGGGCGACAACAUCAUCACGGCUCAGGCUAUGUACAAGGGGCUGUGGAUGGAGUGCGUCACCCAGAGCACCGGGUUGAUCAACUGCAAAAUGUACGAUUCGGUGCUCUCCCUUCCCGCGACAAUACAAGCCACUCGAGCCUUAAUGGUGGUGUCCCUAGUCCUGGGCUUCCUAGCCAUGCUAGCAUCCACCGUGGGGAUGAAGUGCACUCGCUGUGGUGGAGAUGACAAAGUGAAGAAGGCCCGAAUAGCCAUGACUGGAGGCAUCAUUUUCAUUGUGGGAGGUCUCGCCUCCUUGGUAGCAUGCGCCUGGUGUACUCAUCAGAUUGUCACAGACUUUUAUAACGCUUACACUCCUGUGAAUGCUAAGUACGAGUUUGGUUCCGCCAUCUUUAUUGGCUGGGCAGGGUCUGCUCUGACCAUCCUGGGGGGCGCACUGCUCUCUUGCUCCUGUCCUGUGCGAGAGAGCAAAGCUUCCUACCGUGCUCCCCAGUCCUAUCCCAAGUCUGCUUCUGCGAAAGAGUAUGUGUGAACCGGUGCCCAUACUCUGGCCUGACAGGCUGCGGGUGUGCCCAGCUUGCCUCUAGAAUAUGGGGGAGAGGGCUCACUCUUGGGCAGGGAGUGGGACAGAGGCCUUCUGGUCAGUCCACCCCUGCACACCAUGUAUAGCUCUGAAGGGGUAGGGUGCGGGGGGGGGGGA